AUGCCAGCUGAGCUUGAGAAGAAGCUACAGUGGUUUAAUUCAACGCAUAACUUUCAAUUAAGGAGUUCAACUAAUACUUCAAGUCAAACGAAUAAGAAAUCUGACUUGUUUAGCUUUGAAAAGUUUAUUCAAAGGCUUCAGUCUUUCUCACUUAGAACUUACACUUCAAAACCUAUUGAGUUAUCCCCACCUGCUGUUGCUUUGAAAGGUUGGCACCACGAUCAGGCACACAGAAAUCGUCUUUACUGCGAUAAAUGUAAGAAUGGCGUCGUUGUCGAUCUCUCAGCUGCUCAAACAUCAACUUAUCAAAAGCUAACUGAUACCUUCGUUCAAGCCAUUGACUCGUCUCACUCUGUACAUUGUCCGUGGAAGUAUCAGCAGUGCCCCAGCUCCAUGUACAGGCUACAAGAACUCUCACUCCCACCAACCCUCGCCGCGAAUUCAAUUGCUGAAAGAGCACGGUUGAUAGACUCCAACGUCAAAUUCAGCAUUCAGCUAGUCCAUCCACUUUCUGACAUGCAAAUUGACUCACUAAUCAAUGCUUUCCCCGAUCCCAAACCAUCAAAGGAAUCCUCUAUUUUAGCCCUUUAUGGAUGGGAAUUCAAAUCGACGUCAUCUAACCACGAUCUUCUACUCGUCUCGCAACUUGAUUGUGCUAAAGUUUCAUUGAGAUCGGACAAAGCUAUGGAUGUCGUUCGCGAGCAUAGAUUUUAUGCUCCUCAACUGAUGCCAUUAACUCAAGGAAGUAACAGCAAUGGAGUUGAAGCGUUAUUCGCUUUAAUCACCCGACGAGGUCGAAAGAAACAUCUAGAGGAAUCAUUUAUUCUUAACACAGUUUCCCGGCAGGAUGUUCUCAAGAACGUUAAAGGAUUACUUUCAGGGUCUUAUCAGAGUUGA